AAGGUACUUAACCCCGCGUGCCGGCUCCGGUGCAGCGGGGAGGCGACUUGUGGCGAGCUGUUAACGGCACAACUCCACACGAAGCGGCGAUGGGAGUCGAGAACCUGGAGGUGGAGGACGCGGACUCGGCCCUAAUGGAGAAGGGCAGGAAGCCCCCCGCGCCCAGACCUCCCAACAGAUACGAGGCCCUGUUCCAGCCCUGCCUGGCCGAGGUGGUGGGCACCAUGUUCUUCGUCUUCGUCGGCUGCGUGUCCGUCAUCGAGAACGUGCCGGCGGCGGGGCGGCUGCAGCCGGCGCUGGUGCACGGGCUGGCCGUGGCCGUGAUGGUGGCUGUCAUGGAUAACAUCAGCGGCUCCCAUUUCAACCCUCCCUUCACCGUCGCCAUCUACCUGUGCGGGGGCAUGGAGCUGAUGAUGGUGGGGCCCUACCUGGUCAGCCAGCUGAUUGGAGGAGUGCUGGGAGCUGGCAUGGCCAAGAUGAUGACCCCCACGGAGCGCUACCUCAACGCCACCGGGGCGGCGUUUGACAUCCUCCAGUCCCACAGCCAGCUGUCCGGAGCCCUCUUCGGGGAGGUGGCCAUGACCUGCUUGGUCACCAUGGUGGUGCUGCUGGUGGCGGUCAACGGCAAGACGAAGACGCCGCUGGCCCCGUUCCUGGUGGGCUGCACCGUCAUCAUCAACGUCCUGGCAGGGGGUGACGUGUCAGGAACCUGUCUGAACCCGGCCAGGGCUUUUGGUCCAGCUGUGAUGACCAACUACUGGUCCUACCACUGGGUGUACUGGGUGGGGCCCAUCGGGGGAGGUCUGCUGGCCGCCGCGCUGCUCAGGCUCGUUCUGGGUGAUGAUAAAAUACGAGUCGUGAUGAAAUGAAAGAGCCUCCAGUGUGUGUGUGUGUGUGUGUGUUUAUUGUGUGAACCCGUAAGAGCUGUGUGAUCUGU